AUGUCGCACAACCACGGCGACACGAUCCCGCUCCACCCCUCAUCGGCGCAGUCCGACAUGGACGAGAUCGAGAGCCUCAUCCACGCCGCGCCAUCCCCUGCCACCGUGCUCCCCGCGCGGCCACCGUCUCCGACGCGGGCCUCCAUCCCCGUAUCCUCCUCGCCGGCGCCGGUGCCCGUCACCACGAAGCCGCCUCUCCCCGCCGCCUCCAUCCCGAUCUCCGUCUCCGUCUCCCCCGUGCCCGUGCCCGCGUCCGUCUCCGUCCCCAUCGGCGCUGACGGGUUUGGGCCUCCGCCCAACACGCUCACAGAGCCGGUAUGGGACACCGUCAAGCGAGACUUAGCACGCAUCGUCAGUAAUCUCAAGCUCGUCGUCUUCCCCAAUCCCUACCGCGAGGACCCCGGCAAGGCGCUCAGGGACUGGGACCUGUGGGGUCCCUUCUUCUUCAUCGUCUUCCUUGGCCUCACGCUCUCCUGGUCAGCUUCCGUUAAGAAGUCUGAAGUAUUUGCUGUUGCAUUCGCUGUCCUGGCAGCUGGGGCUAUAAUUCUGACCUUGAAUGUUCUGCUUCUGGGUGGACACAUCAUCUUCUUCCAAAGCCUGAGUCUUCUUGGCUAUUGCCUGUUUCCACUGGAUGUUGGUGCUCUAGUUUGCAUGCUGAAGGACAAUGUCAUACUUAAGAUUGUUGUGGUAACAAUCACAUUGACAUGGAGCUCCUGGGCUGCCUAUCCAUUCAUGAGUGCUGCUGUUAACCCAAGGAGAAAAGCUCUGGCCCUAUAUCCUGUCUUCCUCAUGUAUAUCUCAGUUGGUUUCCUCAUAAUUGCCAUUGAUUAA